GAAACACCAAGAAGAUGAAGGCUGUGGCGAUAAAUUCCAUCACUUUGUUGUUGGUUUUAAGUAUCAGUGGUACGCUGGCCAUUCGUUGCUAUCAAUGCUCCUCUGAUCAGGAUCGCAAAGGAUUCGAUAGUUGUGGUGCCUACAAGCCCUUCAAUCGUACCGAACACAUUCCCAUUGAAUGCAACAGCGAAGAGUCGCACAUGCCUGGUUCGUUUUGUAUGAAGGUAGUGCAACAGGGACCCCGUGGUUUUAUUUGGGAUGGUCGCUGGAGACAAGUUAUAAGACGUUGUGCCUCUGUGGCUGAUACCGGUGUAACAGGUGUCUGCAACUGGGGUGUUUAUGAGAAUGGUGUCUAUUGGGAAGAGUGUUAUUGUUCCAGCGAUAGUUGCAAUGGUUCCGAAUCAUUGACAACGGCCAAAUCAAUAUGGGCAGCUGUCAUAUUGCUGUGCGGUUUUGCAUUUACUCGUGUUGUAGGCAAUUAA